AGACCUGCUUUGAAGCCUGUCAACCCCUCCACAGAGCACCUCUCCUGUUAGGAAUUGCUGUCCUGGAGAACAAUGGCUGGGAGCAGGGUGAGGGGCAGCCUUUGAUCACACCUGGCACGUGUCCAGACGGGGCCUGCUCGUGGGCACUGCUGGGUUUUAGCAUUUCUGAUCAUAUCACACUGCAGCACAGGAACUGUGCUUUGCUUGGAAUUGAUAAUGACAUCCUUAAUAAAAUCCAGAAGAAAAACAUUUGUGUGCACGAAGAGAAGGUGUACAGGGGCUCCUUUGAUACCACACUUCAGGGAUGUUGAACACGGCAGGUGGGAGUGGUGACUGGUGAGCUCUCCGGGAAGGUGUGUGACCCAGCGUGCUCCAGAAACACCCUGGCACUGAAGGCGUUGUUGGGAGGCGUUUGCCUUUCCACACUGUGGCAAGCUCAUGAAGAAACACGUGUGGGACUAUGUUUCAUGGGCAGACACGCCAGAAUAAGGAUGAUUGCUCAGCUGUUAACCACGGAAGAGUCUGUCUGUGAGGAUAUUCCUGUGCACAGAGGUGUCCCUGUUCCCUUACGAUGCACAUGCAUCACCCUGGGAAUCGCUGAAGCUGUUCUGUGCAGGAGGCAUUGCUGAGAUUCCCCUUGCAGCAAUGGACUUCGACAAACAAUCCGUGUGGGGAUCCCUGAAACAGAAGACCCGGCCGUUCCUGCAAAACCUGAGCGUGAGGAAGACGAAGAAGAGGUCUGGCAAAAUGCUGGAGAGGAAGGGCCACUCCUUGGACCGCUGUCUCAGCGUGUCAGUGCCUGACAUGCUGGAGGUGGACACUCUCAUGGAAGAAGAAGAAGAAGAAGAAACGACUUACUCGAGUGCUCAGGUGUUGUCAAGCUGCUCCCCCAAGAGCUUUUCUAGGUCUGUGGUGUCCCUGAAAAGCAGGAACGCUUCGGUGAAGGCAGUGGGAGAGGACUGGGUGUGGGCGUCACAGCAGAGGACACGGACAGAGGUGACAGUCACGCCCCCGGACACGCAAGCUGUGGGCAUUCAUCUGGUGUCCUCACGAGCAGCUGAGGCUGUGGGCAGCCCUGUGUCUGAGGGGAAGAAGAGGAAAUCCAGCGAGGACCUCUUUGACCUGCUGCAGAGCUCCCGGCUGAGCGCCGCGCUGAGCGACGAGGGGACAGAGUACCCGUGUGGAGACAUGGAUUUUGACUCUUCCCUAUCGUCUCAAAACUUUGACGACCAAAUGGCUCUGGAGGAAGCAAACGACUGCCUGAGUGAGCUGCCCAGCCCCUUUGCCUACCUGCUGACCAUCCACCUGAAGGAAGGCAGGAACCUGGUUAUCAGGGAUCGCUGUGGUACAAGUGACCCAUACGUGAAGUUUAAACUGAAUGGCAAAACUCUUUACAAAAGUAAGGUAGUCUACAAGAACCUCAACCCAGUUUGGGAUGAAACUGUUGUGCUGCCCAUACAGACCCUCGAUCAAAACCUCUGGAUCAAGGUGUAUGAUCGUGAUUUAACCUCUUCAGACUUCAUGGGUUCGGCAUCUGUGGCGCUCACUGAACUUGAACUCAAUAGAACUACUGAACAGGUUUUAAAACUGGAAGAUCCCAACAGUUUAGAAGAUGACAUGGGAGUGAUUGUAUUAAACUUGAGUCUAGCAGUCAAGCAAGGAGACUUCAAGAGAAAUAGAUGGUCAAGUCGAAAGAAAAGAACUUCAUCCAAGUCGAGUUUCACGCGGAACCUGCGGCUCUCGGAGUCCCUGCGCAAGAACCAGCUGUGGAACGGGCUGGUCACCAUCACCCUCUUGGAGGGCAAGAACAUGCCCAGAGGGGGCUUGGCAGAGAUUUUUAUUCUCCUCAAACUGGGGGAUCAAAGAUACAAGAGCAAGACACUGUGUAAGAGUGCAAAUCCUCAGUGGAGGGAACAGUUUGAUUUUCACUACUUCUCUGACAGGAAGGAUAUGUUGGACAUUGAGGUGUGGAGAAAGGAUAACAAAAAGCAUGAGGAGCUUUUGGGAACGUGCCACGUUGACAUUACUGCCCUGCCAACAAAGCAGACCACCUGCUUGGAGCUGCCUCUGGAGAAACACCCAGGGUCCCUGCUGAUGCUGAUUGCUGUUGCCCCAUGUACAGGAGUGUCUAUCUCUGAUCUGUGUGUCUGUCCCUUGGGAGACCCCAAUGAACGGCAGCAGAUUUCUCAGCGUUAUUGUAUAAAGAAUUCCUUUCGGGACAUGAAGGACGUUGGCUUCUUACAAGUCAAAGUUUUAAAAGCAGUGGACCUGAUGGCAGCAGAUUUUUCAGGCAAAAGUGAUCCUUUCUGUGUCUUGGAGCUGGGAAACGACAUGCUUCAAACCCACACCGUUUACAAGAACCUCAACCCAGAGUGGAACAAAGUUUUCACAUUCCCUAUUAAAGAUAUUCAUGAUGUUCUGGAGGUGACAGUGUUUGAUGAAGAUGGAGACAAACCCCCUGAUUUCCUUGGGAAAGUUGCCAUCCCUUUGCUGUCUAUUAGAAAUGGUAAACAAAGUUGUUACACACUGAAGAAUAAAGACUUGGAACGUGCUUCAAAAGGAGUAAUUUACUUGGAGCUGGAUGUCCUGUUUAAUCCUAUAAAAGCAAGUAUUAGAACAUUCAAGCCCCGAGAAAAACGCUUUACUGAGGAGAACCGCAAAUUUUCUAAAAAGAUCUUAUCAAGAAAUGUUGAUCGCGUGAAAAAAAUCACCAUGGCAAUAUGGAAUACAAUACAAUUCCUUUGGAGCUGCUUUCUCUGGGAGUCCACGGUGAAGAGCCUGAUAGCAUUUGUGGUGUUUGUGGUCACCGUCUGGACCGUGGAGCUGUACAUGGUGCCCCUGGCUUUGCUGGUGCUCUUUGCAUACAAUUUCUCCCUCGUCACAACAGGGAAGGUCAAUAAUGCCCAGGAUGCCCAGGAGCUUAUGGGCUUGGAUGAAGACGAGGAUGAAGAUGAUAAGGAAUCUGAGAAAAAGGGGCUGAUUGAGAGAAUCCACAUGGUCCAAGAGAUCAUCAUAGCUGUUCAAAGCAUCCUGGAAGAAAUAGCAUCGUUUGGAGAGAGGAUUAAAAACACAUUCAACUGGACGGUGCCUUUCCUCUCUGUCCUGGCUUGCUUGGUCCUGGCAGCAGCAACAGUUGUUUUGUAUUUUAUACCACUGAGGUACAUUGUUUUAAUCUGGGGCAUAAAUAAAUUUACUAAGAAGCUUAGAAAUCCCUAUGCCAUCGACAAUAAUGAGCUACUAGAUUUCCUCUCCAGGGUACCAUCUGAUGUUCAAAAGGUGCAGCAGGCUGAAUUGAAACCAUCCAGCAGCUCCAGCCCCAUCAGGAAGAAGCGGAGCGCGCUCUAGGAUGCAGCAGGGUUUGGGAAUGCAGCACCUCCCUCCCUGCACACACGUGCACACACUGCACCCCUCCCCUCCUUCUUGCUUCAGAACAACACUAGACUCACUGCCACGGACUUUCUCUUUCUUGGAAGAUGUGGUUUUUGAUAAACACCUAUCUUGGGUUUCUUUUCUGGGUUGUCUUUUUUGGCACGGAAUCCCAAAAAAGAGCAAGGUGAAACGUGAAUUUUUUUGUGGGAUGGGGAGGAGAAUGGGAGAGGAUGGUGCAACUGCACCUUUUAUUUUUCUUUUUUUAUUCCCCCUUUGAUUGCAGAUACAAGGCUGGAUGUGGCAGCACUCCCUGUGUUAUGUAGGAAGAGAUAAUUCUGCUUAGUGUAGCAGAUCAGCUGAGCUGAUGUGAGGAGAUGCUCUGAACCAGUUUUUAACAUAUCCAACAGAUUUACAUUAAGAUAUGAAAGCUAUUCUUCUCUGAGUUAAAUCACUGUGCCUAGAAAGGUUUAAGCUCUGAAUUAACGAGUCUUUGAUACCCAUCUUCUGUUCAAGCAGUGUACAUUUUAAAAAGUUUUUUAUCAUAAUUAGCAGAAAGAGCUAGGAGCUCCAACAGUAUCUCAAUAUUUCAUCCAGCACUUGUGGGUUUUCCUUUUUCCUUUUUUUUUUUUUUUUUUUUUUAAGCCCAGCCUGUGGUUAACUCUUUAUAUACUGGAAUCAUCUGAGAUCCAUUGCUGGCAAUGGAUGCGUGAAAACCUUAUGCCAUGAAAGGAUUAAGAGAAAAGGCUAACUCAGUGACCUGAAAAGACUCUGUUGGCUUGCCUUUUAUAAUUCCAUCUCAUCAGAUAUUUUCAGCAGAGCUGUUGUUUUCCUGUCUAAAUCCAGAGGGGUCAACACUACAGAUCCAAGAGGAAAAGAACACUUUGUAGCCUUAAAGAAACAAGUGCUUGUGCAAAAAGAGAGCACAUGCCCAAAGAAGUGGUUGUGCAAUAGUGUGCAGGCUUUGGCCCACUACUGAUGUCUUCUUGCAGUCUUUCCUGGUGGUUCACAAGGAGAGGACCCAAAAGUGAAGUCAAGUGGAAACAGCAGUGGAAAGACAGAAGAACGGACCCCAUUUUGUGUUCUGUGGAGAAUGUGAUUUAUUGCUUGCUUACCAGUCUUUUAGCAAAUGUGCAUUUGCUUUAUGUAUUUCAGAAAGCCAGCAUUAGGCAGGUUGUUUGAAUGGGGAAACUAAAACACAGAAUCAUGUGUAAAACCUGCUUGAUUUUAUUGAUACUGCAGCCCUCGGUCCUUUAGGUGCUGUGGGACAUUUUGGGAGUGAUUUGUCACCACAAGUCAUUGGCAGCACGAGAGCUGGAUUUGUUGCUUAGGAUUCCCAGGCAGGAAUUACCACCAGCAUUCCCUGGGGUAGUUGACAGUACAAAGAAAUGCAGAAAGUGAGAGAUAGGAUUCUUU